AUGGAGAAGAUCCAAGGGAUUCCUUUGGCUGAAGCAUGGCGACGAUUGCAAGAAACCGACAAGCUGAAAGUGCUCCUGAAGGUUUUCGAUUAUCAAAGAACGUGGUCAUCGGUCUCAUUUUCACGCCUCGGAAGCCUUUACUACACAGAGGAUGUCCACGUUUCACCUGAAGACUAUCUUUAUGCCGAUAAAAAUGGAGUCCAUGUCCAGAAUCCAAAAUUCACCGUUGGCCCGGCUGCCAACUAUGAGUGGUUCGAGAACGGACGCGACUAUGCUAAUUGUGAUCGAGGUCCAUGUAAGCUCCGCGUUGCUGGACUCUACCAGCCGAAUCGCGAAAGAAAGUUGGCAGCGAUGCAAUCAUACUUGCAGGUUCUUGAAACGUUUUUGCCAAAAGACCCAAAUCUUCUGAAAGGCCAUAUUUGGCACAGCGACUUCCACGACGAGAACAUAUUUGUAAAUCCCGAAAGGCCAACCGAGGUCACCGGAAUUAUCGAUUGGCAGUCAACCUACAUCGCUCCAUUAUUCGAUCAUACCUUGGACCCUCUAUUCUUUGAUUUCCCAGCCACAGAUGUCGAUGAUAAUUUGGAGAUUCCCAAAGCUCCAGAGAACUAUAGCACCUUGCAAGGAGAGGAGAAGGCAACAGUAGCUAGGCACUAUUUGGACAAGUGCCUAAUGGUUGCAUGGCGUCGUCUAGUCAAGAAGAAGAACCCAAGCCAUUACAGUGCCAUUAUGUUCAGGAACUCGGUUAUCGGAGUGUUUCUUGAAGUUUCCCGCCGGGUGUCUGAGGUGGGAGAGGCCAAUGCCCGUGCCCUACUACUGGAUAUACGGGAUGACUGGCAGAACCAGGGGCCCAGGUUGGAUACUGACCCGAUUCCAUUUCCGAUUGAGUUUUCUGAUUCCGAGGUUGCGGAAAUCGAAAGCGACGCCGAAUCUGCUGAACGUGGAAUGGACGCCAUGGCAGAUAUACGCCGACGCUUAGGGUCUUCGUGGCCGGAGAAAGGCAUUGCGGAGCACGAAAAAUACGAAGAGGUCAUGGAGACUCUUCGGGCGGCCAAAAUAGAUCUUAUGAAGCAGUACACCCACACUUCAGACGACAGGGCCACCUUUGAGAGUUAUUGGCCAUUUAAAGAUUGA